AUGGAUGACUGGAAACCACUUCUUGUUCUUCUCUUUGUUUCCACCUUCUGCUCUACAGAUGCACAGCAGACUGCCUGCAGAAAAGCCACGUUGGCAGGUGUUGUUUUUUUUAGUAGAUAUUCAACAAGUAUUGGCCAGGAAAACUUCCAGAAGGUGAAGAACUUCGUCUCUACCUCAGUUUUAAGUCUUUAUGUUGGUCUCGAUGCCAGCUGAGUUGGGCUGGCACAAUACAGUGAUGAGACUUACCAAGAAUUCUUCCUGAAUAAGUAUUUGAAAAGUGAUGUUUUGGAGCAGAUUGAGAAUUUGCCAUAUAGGAGUGGAGAAGCUUACACAGGGAAAGCUCUGGAUUUUGUCAACACAGUGUAUUUCACUGAACCUGCUGGUAGCAAAGCUAAGGGCUAUGUCCUGCAGGUAGCCAUGCUAAUCACUGGUGGAGAAUCAAGUGAUGAAGUUGAAUUGCCUGCCAGGAAACUGAGGAACAGAGGCAUCUCCCGGUAUGUCGUUGGAACUGUUGUCCAGAAUACAAAUGAGCUUCAGCAACUAGCCAGCAAACCUUUUGGUAAAUAUCUGUAUAGCGCUGGUAAUUUUGAUGACCUUCCAGAUUUUUCCGUAAGACUUUGGGGAAACUUUUGUUUUGCAAGUGAAAGUGAGAUAAAAGCAUUUGCGAAACAAUAUGCUGAUGUUAUUUUCUUUGACUCCACUGAGAACAUGAACCUUUCAACCUUUGGGAAAGUAAAACAUUUCAUCUCCCAGAUAGUCAGACAGCCUAACAACUAUAGGAUUGGCCUAGUCCAAUUUAGUGGCAUAGGGCAGGUGGAGUUUUAACUGAACACACAAGAAAAUGAAGAAAAGAUGCUUGACCACAUUCAGCACAGCAUUGCGUUUUCGCAGGAAAACUUUUUCAUGGAUAGUGCUGGAAGCUGGCUCAGUGAAGGCACUCCACAGGUUGUAGUGGUCAUCAAACCCUCUGGAUCCAGAGACAGUAUCAUGGAGGCAGCCUGGAUGUUACAAGGGGCAGAAGAAAAGGUGAGAGCCACCUCUAGCAUGACUUCCCAGAGUUAUGAAGGAGAGAGCAUCGACCUUCUCCAGCAAAACAUUGUCAGUGAUAUGGAAGCCUCACUUCAGAAGCUUUAUGAUCUUGACCCAAGUGUGCCAGCAGCGUGUUCCAGUGCAACUGUUGCAGAUAUUGUGUUUGACUUUGAUUCCAAGCUCUGUCUUGUUAUGACUCUGCCAGCUGAUUGUGACAUAGAUCUUUCUAUAGCAAUUGAUAUUUCAAGGCACGUGCGGCCAGCAUCCACAGUGCUUCUGAAACAGAAAUUGCAAGCAUUCCUCCCCAAGCUUUUACUCCAGAUGAAAUCACUUCCAAAUACCAGCUGUAACGCUAGCUCUCCAGUCAACAUUAGAUUCAAGUUCCAAGUAUUGGCACAGACUAAACAAUUCAUCUUUGACUCUGAUUUUGAAGACUAUAAUGAAGAGAUCAUCCAGAAUUUCUUAGACGCACAAACCACUGUGGACACCUACCUGGAUGCAGACUUCUUACAGGCAAUUGAGGAGAAGUUCUUCAGUGUGACCUCUGCUAAAGUGAAGGUGCUGUUAGUAUUUUCAGAUGGGCUGGAUGAUUCACUGGAAGAUCUCAGAAAAGCAGCUGACUCCCUUCACUUUAAAGGUCUUGAUGCACUUCUAUUAGUUGGCCUGGAUAAUACACAGAACUUGACUGAACUUCGGGAAAUAGAGUUUGGCAGAGGGUUUGGAUACAACGAACCUCUGAGUGUUGGGUUUGCAGACAUUGCAAACAUCUUGCAGAGAAACUUUGAUACUGUUGCAGAAAGGAAAUGCUGUAAAGUUGUUUGUAAAUGCCUUGGAGAAAAUGGUGAUCGCGGUGGCCAGGGAAGUCCUGGAAGGAAGGGAAGCACGGGUUACAGAGGAUCUCCUGGCCAUCCUGGUGAAGAAGGUGGGAUUGGGGAGAGAGGCCCAGCUGGUUUCAAUGGGACUCAAGGAGACAGGGGAUGUCCAGGUGCCAGAGGCCAUAAGGGGGCCAGAGGCUAUAGAGGAACUCAGGGUGAAUAUGGUGAAAGUGGACUUGAUGGCACUGAUGGAGAGCAGGGAGAACAUGGAUUUCCUGGACCUUCUGGAGAAAAAGGCAGCAUGGGAAAGCGGGGCAGAAAAGGCCCCAGAGGAGAACCAGGUGAACGAGGAGAAUCUGGUCUAAGAGGAGAUCAUGGAGAUCCUGGAACUAGCAAUAAUGUUCCUGGUCCUAAGGGUGAAAAGGGAAAGCUAGCACGGCAGGGAGACCCAGGACCACAUGGACUCCAAGGAGAGCAGGGUGAUGCUGGCCCUGAUGGUGCAACAGGUCGAAGAGGCCCUCCAGGCACAAAGGGUGAGCAAGGAGAUCUGGGGGAAGCAGGUUACCCAGGAGACUCUGGUCUUCCAGGCCCACAGGGCCCAAGAGGACUACAAGGGAUCAGAGGACCUCCAGGACCACAAGGCAUGCCAGGCCCUUUGGCUAGUCUGGGGGCCCCAGGUUCACCUGGCUCUGUGGGGAAAUUAGGCGCAAGAGGAGCAAAGGGUGAACCUGGUGACCCUGGAGAGAAGGGCCCAGUGGGACCAGCUGGACAGAGAGGCAUGCCUGGUAUGGAUGGCAGAGAUGCAUACGGUCCUGAAGGAAGCAAAGGAGCAAAGGGAGAAUCUGGAUUCAUAGGAUAUCCUGGUCCAGAGGGAGAAGAUGGAGACCCAGGCGUUCCAGGAGCUGAAGGACCCAAAGGAGUUAGGGGUAGAAGAGGUAAUGCUGGCACACCAGGUUCUCUGGGAGAUCCAGGGGACCAAGGGCCAUCAGGACCUAUGGGUGCCAAGGGACCAAUGGGCACCAUUUUAAUGGAACCUUGUGAACUAGUGAAUUUUACACGAAAAAACUGUCCUUGCUCAUCAGACACAUGUCCAGUUUAUCCAACUGAAGUGGUGUUUGCCUUCGAUAUGUCUGAAGAUGUUACGCCAGCUGCAUUUGAAAGAAUGAGGAACAUUGUUAUGUUAUUGCUGAAGACUGUUAAGAUUAGUGAAAGCAAUUGCCCAACAGGCGCUCGUGUCUCCGUUGUUUCUUUCAAUACCAAUACGCGCUAUCUCAUCCGAUUCUCAGAAUUCCAAAAAAGCAACUUGCUGCUACAAGCUGUCCAAAGAAUACCACUAGAGAGGUCCACUGGAAAACGUAAUAUUGGAGCAGCCAUGAGAUUUGUUGCAAGAAAUGUCUUCAAACGUGUUCGUCAGGGCAUCCUCACAAGGAAAGUUGCCCUAUUUUUUGCCAAUGGUCCAUCACAGAACGAUGUUGCCAUCAGCACAGCUGUACUUGAGUUAAGUGCCUUGGACAUCACUCCAGUGGUUAUUGCCUUCAAUGAAGUGCCAAAUGUCAGACGUGCCUUCUUGAUUGAUGAUACUAGAAGAUUUCAGUUAUUUGUUUGGGAAAGACAACAGGAUGAAAGUUUGGAGAGCAUCACAUAUUGUACACUUUGCUUUGAUAAAUGCAAACCAAGUACCUACUGUGAGGUGCCUUUUUCUCCUCCUGUUCUGAUGGAUAUGGAUAUCACUUACAUCAUAGACAGCUCUCGCAGCAUCAGCAGUGAAGAGUUUCAGAGAGCCAAAGACUUUGUAAGCAACAUGCUAGAUCAGUUUGUUGUUUCCUCACAGCCAAACGAAUCGUAUGGAGGCAUCAGAGUGGCACUGGUGCAGCAGGCUCCCAGGGGCUUCCUGCCUGACAGAAACCAGACCCCUGUGGCCUUGGAGUUUGAUCUAGUCACAUACAGCAAUAAAGAUUUGAUGAAGAAGCAUAUCGAAGAGUCUGUUCACCAACUGGAAGGGCCAUCAGCCAUUGCUUCUGCCCUACAGUGGACAGUUGAAAAUGUAUUCUUUAAAGCCCCCCAACAAAGAAAACACAGGAUCAUAUUUGCAAUAGUUGGAAGCAAAACAAGCACGUGGGACAGAGAGAAGCUGAGAGAGAUUUCACUCGGAGCCAAGUGUCAAGGUUUCACCUUGUUCACUCUUGCGCUUGGCAAUGAUGUGAGUGACAAUGAGCUGAUGGAGCUGUCAAGCUCCCCCACAGACCAGCACUUACUGACACUGGGCAGGGUUUCAACAUCUGAGGUGGUAUAUGCUCAGAGGUUUAGCCGGGCGUUUCUAAAUCUUCUGCAACAAGAAAUGAACAGUUAUCCUUCACCUGAACUUCAAGAAGAGUGUGAAAACUUAGAUCAGGGAGACACACAACAGCAAGUGUCUAUGAUUGAAAGGGUGCCUUUUCCUGGAACUGAUGAAACUGGUUAUGGUCAUGGUUUAGAAGACAUUGAAAGAACUGAAAGUAGAGUCCUGAAGAAUAUUAGAGAUUCCACCACAGAACCUGUAUAUACAAUGCCAGAAAUGAGAUAUGAUUAUGAGGAGAAUGCGUAUUUCACAGAGGAAGAUGCUGAAGGAGAAAAGCCACAAGAGUAUGGUGAAGCUCAGGAGAAGAACGAGGAAAGCUUAGAGGCAACAGUAGAAAGUAGAGCUGCCUAUAGCGAUUAUGAUGCAUGUGACCUUGUUCAAGAUAGUGGAGAAUGUCAGAAUUACCUUCUGAAGUGGUACUACGACAAAGAGCAGAAAAUGUGUGGUCAGUUCUGGUAUGGGGGCUGUGGUGGCAAUAAAAACAGAUUUGAAACGCAAGAAGAAUGUAGAUUCUUGUGUAUAGAGUCUUCCUAG